AUGACAGUUGCUCAGAUCUCGGCCACUCUCGAGGCAAUCGAGAGGGCCGAACCCACCAUCCUUGAGCGGGAGUGGGGCGAGGCUCUGAUUGUUCCCAUCCUCGCUUUCGAUGACUCUUGCCCAGACAUCACGCGCUACGGCGCUUGCAGGUGGACUCCGACUAUGUCGACGAAGCGCGAUGAGCUCCACGACCAUCUGCUCUACCAGGUGGAGCAUGCAACGGAGAUAUACGCAAGCUGCAACGAUUGGACCACUAUUGGCACCGCCCAGAAGGACGACGUUCUUGUCGCCGCCGGACCUCCCACCCUCAUCCAGAACGCGCACUACCUUAUCCCUCUCGAAGGCGGCGGCGCCGUACUGAGGCUGUUUGUCGUUCCCGCGACUUCAGCUGACCUGCGCCUUAAUCCUGGCAUCACGAUCAACUACCUCGACGUUGGCAAGCGGCGACGCCGAGUAGAUUUCUUCAAAUUCUGCUGCAGGUUCCUAUGCUUGUGUGCGGUUCAUUUUCCUGUUGGCGUCGAUGGUGACCCUUCUGCAGAGUCGUCUGCUGGAGCUGCCUCCGAGGAGCCGCGCGACGGUGCGUCGCCUUCUCCCGCGCCCGCCAUCUCCAGCACGCCAAGCCCCGUGCCCACGCCAACUUGCGAUUACGGAGCAGCACCCGUUGUGUUCGACGAUUUCCUGACUACGCAGUGGGCGCUCUACGAGAAGCUGCGCAUGGGAUGGUAUGCAGAAGACAUGGAGUCAUUCGAAGGGGACCUGCGCCAAUUAGAGCGCGUCAAUGGCGGCCGCCGCGGAGAUUUCCUGCGGGAGCUCCUCAACCAGCCGGCGGGCCCUCCAGUUCUCCAUUACGGUUGGCAGUUUGCCCAGUUCGACGACCACCAAACAUUCGACUCCUGCGUUCAUUCCCCCGGCGGCGAUCACCAAAUCACACAGUGCUUCUCCAAGAAGAAGGGGCUUCUGUUCGAAGAGCUUCUGAGCGAGGGCGCGGUUCGGGCGGCGAUCGCGCAGUCGGCCGCGCGCCGACGGGAGUUGAUGCAGCAAGUGCCCCAGGCCCUCCACAGCCUUCCGGUCGACCACAACGCCGCCGACUCCUUCGAGCCACUCGUCGGCGAGAAGCUUCCGUUCGGGGGCUUCACGAUCGCGUCGGAGGUCAAACCUGGCGCCCAUCGCCUCGCGGAGUAUGAGACAGCACAGAAGGCGCUGUAUCUGAGGGCCAGGUGCGGGCAGUACUACGACAACGAGGCCUUCGCACUUUCCGCGCGGCGAUUGCGGGCAGCUCAUGCCGACGAGGACCCUUGCUAUCUGCGCCACCUCAUGCUCAUGCGGCCGCCCCCGGCGCUGAUCUUCGAGAGCAAGACGCCGCAGCCGCAUGCAGCACCCCCGCUGGGCGAUGCCUUCGACUCGCAGACCGCUUUGAGCAGGGAGGUGUUGAACAACUGCGAUCUGGACUCGCUCCACGCGGCGGCGCUCGGUCGGCGGAUGGUCAUGGAGAGCCGCCUGAAGAGGGAAGAGGAGCUCCCUUGCGGAGAGGCAGAUUCCUUUGAUAAUCGACGGCUGCCAGGCGUCGCACUUCCCUGCAACGGCUUCGCCAUUGAAGUCCGUCGGCGCGAUCUCAUCGACUCGCCUGCAGGGGGCGUCGGGGCGCGCCACUGCGACCCUAUGGGGGGUGCCGAGGAUACAAGCGAAGGUACGAACACGUGUUUAAAUUGGGCUCUCAACGCCUUGGGAGCACAGGUUCCAACCGAUAUGACAGGGCCUUUCCGCGCCCUGGAGCACGGGAACGCGUGGCUGGCAGAGCGUGGCAUGCGCCUGCUUCCUCAGCCGCGCGGCCCCAACAGCCCUGGGCGUUACGUCAAGUGGGAGCCAUUGCCCAGGAAGACCCGCAAGAAGCAGCGCGUCGGGCACUUCGUGGCUGUCGUCGUGCAUCGCGAUGGCGUCACAGUGACAGAUCGGAAGAACGGGAGCUACGCUUCGCAGGAAUAUUUCUCUGCGGAUGAUAUCCCAGGCGUUCAGCGCCACAAGUGGUUUCUCUUGCAGGACGUCGCUCCAGACGCGGAGACCCUCGCGGAGUGCGUGGACCCGCUCGGCGGCAUGGACUCGGCGGGCUCCGACGCCGCCGCGGCCGGCGCCGCGGGCGCCGGCGACCCUGCUGAAAGCCAAUAUUCCAGAGAUUUAGGCGCGGCCAUCAUGAACGCGCCCGUGCCGGACAGCCAGCCGGACAUGCAGCGCGAGAUCGAUGCAGAUGAUUCGACCAAGCGCAUUUUGGAACGUUGGGAGCCCGCUGAUUUUCAGCGAAUUCUCCGGCGGCGUGGCGAAUUCGUAUUUGCCCGCGAGGUGGAGGGCGAGCCCGACAACAUGCUCGACGUCAUCGCCAAGGUCCGCGCCAAGGCGGCCGAGCUAAUCGCACAGUGGCCGACGCUGCCUGACGAAAGCGAGAAGGACGCCCUCAACGUCAUCUCUCUCUAUGCGAUGGAAGACCGCCUGUGGAGCCCUCAAAACGAUGUCGUGGCAAUGCUCAUCGCGGGAGUUGUAUUCGGCCCGCUCCUCGUUGCCCACGACGACGGCGUUUUCAUGUACAAGCAGGGCGCCCUGCAGUUGAUCGAGGAGUUCAGCGCGACCGACGUGCGCCGGCUCGAGCUGGCGCUGCUGAAGGCGGCCGCCAUGUUCAAGGAGAUCAUGGGUGAUGUCGUGAACAAGGACGUGACGGCCGUGUUCGAUGCGAUGUUGCCUCUAGCUAGGAGGACGUCAACCCUGGCGCCCAUUACUUCGAUCGAUACCAAGGAGUUCCGCAGUGCGAAGCCGGCGGAAUUCUCUGCGUGGGCCAUGGACGCCUUCAAAAACAUGUUGGUGGUUGCCACCCGUUUCGUUGGGAAGAGUUCCUCUGGCUCGCUGGUGGAAAUGGUCGGCAUAUGGAAGCAGGAGGAGCGCCCAGAGCAGCCCAGCACCGUGGUCGUCUUCGAAGACGCGUGUGUCAAGAUUGACCCAGAGAAGCCAGAGGACAGCGCCGAGCGCAUGAAGAAUGUCGCGAAGUCGAUCGAGCACAAAUCGUACUUCUUCAUCCCGUGCAGCAUCGUGGUUCGUGCCCCCGAUUGGGCGGUGGACAAACUCCGACUCUUCAUGAGCACAGGCUUCGCGGGGACGACGUCGGGGUGGAAGCUGGAGCUCUCCCUGGAAGCACUUGCUUUCAUGAACCAAGUGAUGCCGCCAGUCCUCGUCCUCGAGUACGCGGACGGGGGGAAUUCGAAGUCGGCGCGGACGUUGUUGAGAGACAACGUUUGGCGGGGGCACCACAAGGUAAUCUCUCCGCGGUGCUUCCAGGAGCCCGACGAGUUCCGCAAGCAGGGGGGGCAGUUCGCGUCAGCGAAAAUCCUUACCAUUCAGGAGUGCGCCCCCGGGGAGCCCAUGGUCGAGGACGUGAUGAAGUCGUUCAUCAGCGGGGAUCGUUUGAUGUGCCGGCCUCUGUUCGGCACGACCACUGCUUAUUACCGCUGGAACCGCUCGGCGCGCUUCUGGGAGUGUAACUGGGGUUUCCCCAGCAUAUCUGGCAGCCCAGAUGACAUCAGGAAGCUAUACGCCUUCGAGCGCCGCAUCAGGGUUGUGAAGCUCCAGGCGACGUUUACCAGUGACCCAGCGAAGGUCGACGUUGAAAACCGCAUCUUUAAGGAGGACACCGAGCUGGGCGAGUUCCUGGAAAGCCCGUUCGCUCGGCAGGCUUAUUUGGAUACAUAUUUGAUUCCGUGGAUUUUAGAGCACGCUGCGUCGGAGUGCAGGGCAAUGGUGAUGACUCCGCCGCUUGAGAUCCUCAAUGAGACCAGGCGCAUCGUUGCCACCAUGGCCAACGGCGGCCUCCAGGUGCCAGAGUCGUUCCGAACGCCGGAGGAGGACACUGCCGCGACGGAGAGCGCGGAGAAGAUAUGCCGCGACGUUCACGCUGACCAGGCGGCCAACGGCAUCAUCAAGACCUACGAGGUGAAGAAGAUCAAGUGCAUCCCUGGGAAGUACAGGGAGGGGAGGAAUGGCGAGAAGGACCGCCUUCAGGUCUUCUCCGAUGCAGUGUCUACGUGGCCGCACCUCUUCACUCUCCGCGAAGGUCGCGGCGGCGGCUUCGAACGACUGGACAUCGACCUCAAGAAGAUGGAGGAUGCGAUCGAGCAGGCGGGCGGCGCCGCAGUCUUCGGCGGAGGGUUCGCCUCUUGGCGCAGCACGUGGGAAUGCAAGGAGUUUCUCCGGGAUCGCCCCGAGGGCGACACCGAAGACAUGUCAGAGAUCGCCGUCCGCAACCAGUGCGGGUCUCUCAUGGAGAUGUUCAACUACCAGAGGUUGUCUGAGAAGGUGGAUUCGGGCGAGAUUGCCGACGCAGGCUACGCGAAGAUGCUGAUGCAGCGGAGCGUCCGCUGCGGCGGCGACAUGGCGCAGAUCGAGGUGCCGUACUACCGCAAGUUCGACAUCCCUGGCCGUCGCCUGGCUCAGCGCCCUUCCCUGCAGUGGAUGGCUCGCGACGACAGGACAGUCGCGCUGUCGCUGGAGCCAUCGAACUCCUUCCAGGGCGGGAAGGAAUCGUGGGAGACCAAGACGGUUUUCGCCGAGGCUGACAUCAACAACUGCUUCGUUGCCCUCCUAGUCAAGGAGAUCGAGCAGAUGUGCCAGAUGCAGGAGGACUUGCCUGCCCUCGCGGCGUUUGCCGCCAACUACAAGGCAUGGCGCUCGGCUCUCGCCGCCUACAUGUCAGUGUCCGCGAAGGUGGCGAAGAAGUCCCUGGUCAAGAUCGUGCACCUGGGCAAGCCAGAUUGCGACCUCCCGUUCCUGUGGAAUCUUUCGGUGGACAUGCACAAGGCGGUGGACUUGCUUCUGGCCCAGGACAAGUUCAAAUACCUGGAAGGCCGCUUUGAGAAUCGCCGCUGUCCUCCCGCAUCGAAACUCCAUUACGCCCUGAGCUCGAUCGAGGACAUGGUCUUGGCAGACCUGGAGGCCGAGGCGGCUUCCAUCCACGGGGUGUCUGUGAACACGUACAUGUUUGACGGCGCCGUGUUCUUGACGCCCGAGGACGCCGUGGCCGAUCUCCGCGCGGCAGCGAAUGCCGUCGCAGUCAAGUGGGGGCUGCGCAUGACCGUGGAGGUGAUCGGCGAUGGCCACCAGCGCGGUUCUACCAGCAUGGCCGUCUACGACAAUUGGAGCGAGUUCUCCGCCGCCGUCAAAGACAUGGACGGAGUUAACCGCGGGGAGUUCCUCAAGAAAGUUAGGUACGCCACUGUCAAGAACCCCGAGGUGUUGCCAGAUAACGAGGUUGGGAGGGCGUUCGCAUUUGCCCAGGCGUUCGGGCUCGCCCCUGACCACAUGGCGUGCACCUCGUGCGAUGAGGAGUACGUGCUGUCGUACGGGAAGAGGGGCGAUUGCGGAGAGCGGCUGAUUUGGCGGGGCCCUCGGCACGACGGGGGUUGCGACGAGUGCAACGGAAAGAAGCCCAGCGCCGCUAACAUGACGUUCUUCGAUGGCACGCGUACGGGGCAUUGGAUGGACAAGCUCGACUGCUUGGUCAUGUGGUUCGCUGACUACAGCCACAAGACCAUCAUCUUCGAGCUGUCCCACAUCGACCACAAGGUGAUAGACGCAUGGCUACUCGCCUUUAGGGAGCGCACGAGCGAGUGGUACGACCUCAUCUGUCCGAUCUCGAUUAAGAAGCUGUGGGCGCCAGAGAGCGGCGUGCGCAAGCGGCCCGCUGCUCGGCCCGCGCCUAAGAAAGCCCCCGCCAUGAAGGUCGCGCAGCAGAAGAGGAAGCCCGCGCGGAAGGUGUCCAAGAAGUUCGCGAAGCAGGUUAAGAAGACGAUCGGCAAGCGCGUCCUCAUUGCCGACGAGUCGUUCCUGAACAAAAACAAGCCAGGGAAGUUGAACAAGGCGGCGCGCCCCAAGAAGGACCAGAUCUGGAUAUGGGGCGCCGUGCUGCAGGGGAAAGCCCGCACGCAUUUCAUGUUCCGCAUAUUGGAGCACCCCGCAGACGCGAAGGACGGCAAGCCCCGCGGGCACAAGGAGAUGAAGGACAACCUCGACAUGCUCAACUUCAGCAAGGGCGACAUCUUUGUCUCGGACAAAUGGGGCGCGACCAUAUCAUCCGUGAAAUCCAUUCGCCGCCAGAAGGGACUCACGCAGAACACCCUGCGCCACGAGCUAGUGGAUCACGAUGAUGGCGAGAUUGUGAACGCCAGGGGAUUCACCACUAACGCCAUCGAGAGCAAGUGGGGCAUCCUGAAGAGGUGGUUGAAGUCCAAGUACGGCGGCAAGCUCCCGAACUACAAGGACCGUGUGAAGUGGCGCUACGCGGUUAACGAGUAUCAGGCGCGCUGCUACCUCAGCAUGGACCACGCUCUGAUGGAUGAGAAGUACUACUACGUGCCUCUCUCCAAAGGUCUGAGCAUUUUUGCAAUUGCGUGA